AUGCGAGACCCAAUUGUCCACCGAGAGUCGACGAAGAUCCUCGCCAACGCUUACAGCCCAACAUCGCUCCUAGCAUACGAACCUGCUCACAGACGAGAAAAACCGAUUGACCUCGGCGCAUGGAUGUCAUACUACACCUUCGAUGUUAUUGGACAACUGUCGUUCUCGAAGAUGUUUGGAUUCCUCGAGAAAGGCUGCGACGUGGAUCGAAUAAUAGAGACAAUUGAUAUCAUUUUAACAUAUGCUAGCCAAUGUGCUGUCAAUGGGUGGCUAGUCGGAAACACAUCAUUAAGAAAGGGACGGAGAAGAGCUAGAUCUUUAGAUAUUGAGAGCAGAGGCGAUAUGCUAACCAAAUGGUACGCUCUGAACCAAAAUGGCUCUCAGUGGAUGACCACUAAGCAUCUUGUCGCACACUUGAGCGCAAAUGUUUAUGGAGGUUCUGACACUACAUCUAUCGCCUUGCGGUCUAUAUUUUACUACUUAGGCAAGAAUAAAGACAAGAUGAGGAAACUGGUGGAGGAGAUUGACGGCGCGGCGGCUGCUGGAAACCUUAGCCAACCGGUCUCGUUCAAAGAGGCUAACAUGCAUCUGCCAUACUUAAACGCGGUGAUCAAAGAAGGCAUGCGAAUCCACCCAUCUGCCGGCCUUAUAUACGAGCGCUACGUCCCAUCUGGCGGUGAUACCAUCUGCGGAAAAUAUAUCCCUGGGGGAACUGUCGUUGGAAUCAACCCAUGGGUUACGCAGUAUGAUCCCGAGGUAUUCCCCGAUCCCGAAAGCUUCAUCCCAGAGCGAUGGCUCGACUCGACCGAGGAGCAGCUGAAACGAAUGGAGCAGUCGUUCUUUAACUUCAGCGCAGGCUCCCGCACGUGCCUUGGACGACAUAUUGCCAUGAUAGAGAUGUCGAAGAUGAUACCGGAGCUGCUACGUAGGUUCGAGUUGAUCCUGACGUAUCCUGACCGCGAGUGGGAGACUAGGAAUGUGUGGCUUGUGAAACAAAAGGGGGUGAUUUAUAACAUAACGAAGAGAUCAUGA